AUGUUAAGCACAGGCUCGACCUUUUAUGGUGUUGAUUAAUAAGCAAAAAGCAAUUUAAGUGAAAUAUAGGAGCUAAUAUAAAAGGCAUAGUAUAGAAUUGGAUAUUUUAUUGAUAUUGAUCAUGAUAUAUUAUAAGAAUGGGUGAGAAAAUAUAACGAAUGUCUGCAUCAGAUAAAUGAAUCUAAACAAAUGAAUUGUGAAAUAAAACGGAUUCUCUAAAAUCUUAUUAGUACCAUAGAAAUUAUAGAAACUGAAGGAAUGCUUUUAGUGGGUAAUUUUAAACCCUGGAUGAGUGGAGUUGGUAUGAUCAAAUUUCCUUAUGGGUAUACGUUAUAUGGAAAAAUCUAAUUUGGAAUAUUAAAUGGAUAAGGAAUGAUUGAAAUUUAUAAAAAGAAUACAAGAUUGAUUGGAACUUUUUCUUAAAAUAAAUUAUAAGGAAAUGGAACUAUUAUUGUUAGAAAUCAAUAUUAAAUUAAUGGGAUAUUUCAAAAAGGAAAAAUCAUAUCAGGGCCAAUCUCAAUAAAGUAUCUUAAUGGUUCAGAAAAUCAAGUUUAAGCAGAGUUAAAAAUUAAUGGCGAUUAAAUCAGACUUGGUGAUUAAGAAUAAUUAAGGAACAAUAUCUCUCUCAGUAAUCUAGAAUUUAAUAGGCCUAAUAAUGUCCAAUACAAGGCAUCUUAAUUUCUUUUAGGAUAAAAUAAAUAAAGUUCUUUUGCUUUAUAUUAAAAUGACGAAUUACAGUUAGAAUAUAGGGAUGGAAAAUUAAUUUAUGGAGUAGGUUAGAAUCAUGAGCCCAACAACAUUUUGUUGAUUGGAAAGUUUAACUAAGGUGCACUAUUUGGAUUAGGAAAAUUAAUUGAUUACAACAAUCUUUUUCUGUUGGAGGGAGAGUUUUAAAAUAGUAUUAUAAUCCACGGGAAGAAAUAUCAUUUAGAAUCUAACAUAUUAUAUGAAGAUGGAUAAUUCAAUAAAUAAGUAUAAUUAUCAGGAAAUGGAAAGCGAUAUUUUGAAAUCGCAGAAAAGAAGAAGGUAUGUUUGAGAAUGGAUAAUUAAAUGGGAAAGGUAUCAGAUACUAUAAUAUUAAUGGUGAAGUAAGAAAAUGUUAGUGAUUUUUAGCAAAAUUAAAUAAUGGAGGAGGGUAGUUUUAACAAUGGAAUAUUGAUCAAAGGCACAAAGUUCUAUUAGAAUGGUUUAAUAUAGGAGAAAGGAGAAUUUAAUCAGAAUGGACUUAUAAAUGAAGGAGAAAGAAGGCAUCCUAAUGGUUAUAUACAAGAAUAUGGUAUAUUUUUGGAUGGGCAAUUACAUUCAAAAGAUGAUAUGUCUGGGAGAGCAAAUGAUAAUGGGGUUAUUAUUGAAGUUGGAUAUUUCUAAAAAGGGUAACUUAAUGGAGAAGGAGAAAGAAGACAUCCGAGUGGAAGAAAAAAGGAAGUUGGGAAUUUUUCAUUAGGAUUACUUGAUGGAAGUGGAAAAAGAUAUUAUGAUAAUGAAGAGAAUACUUUAGAGGAAGAGGGAGUAUUUCAAGAUGGUUAGUUACACAGCUUAACUACUAUUUCUAAAUAGUAUUACUAGGAUGGUUCUUUAAAAUGCUUUGGAUUAUUAUAAAAUGGAUUGCUCACUACAAUAGAUGGACUUCUAUACUUCAACGAAUAUGAAAUGAAGGGUGUUUUUCAAAAUGGUCAAGUGAAUGGAACAAUGAGAAUCUUAAAUUCAAAAACUUAAAUGGAGUUUAGAGAUCAUCAUUUCCAAAGCAAUGAAACAUUUUUAAGAGCAGCCAAUAAAGCUAACGUAUAUUUAGGUUCUUAAUUUCAUACUAAGGCCUAAUCAAGUUAUAAAAGAUUAUGA